CGCUACCAAAGGCACAUGCAGAACUCUAUCCCAGCUGUCCGAAAUGCGGCAGCAUGAGACGUUCAACAGCUACGCAACGACGUUCAAAAAAGCUCGUGAAAAUCAGUAAGAAAGAAGACAAAGACGUCAUUAAAAAUUACAUUGUUGCAGUUUGUAGAACAUGCGAAUAUAGCUACAGACUACCAGGAUCGACGCUGGGGAGUAUACGUGAUUACGAGGAUAGACGAAAGAAACACAUACAGGAUUUGACUUAUGAUCCGACUGCGAUAUUAGAGGAAAUGAGUUCAGGAAGUUCAGCACAGUCAAGUAGAGCACCGUCACCGAUGCCCGUCGCUGAAAACCCAUCUAAGCGUAAGAAGAAGACAAAGCAACCGUCUAGUCUGCAAGAACUCUUACAAAGGAAUAAAAUGCGCGAAAUGGACAAAUCUAUGUCUAAAGUCAACAAUAAUAGCAAAAACAACGCGCCUAGUUCAGGAUUAGGUGCUUUCUUAUCUUCCUACGACUAAUUUGCCUUUCUCAGGAUACCUUUCGUUCAAACGCUGGGAAAGCUCGGGGUCAUAAACUUCAUCUUCGCCUAUUUGGUUGCCUAGUGUGAGCCAGCCAUCGCGACCAUUGUGUCGUCUGCCAAAUAGUUCAACUUUCCUACCAACAGGGCAACAUCUCUCAAUCAUUCCAUACAGCUCGUCUGGUUUGCGACUAGUUUCUCUCACUAAUUUGGUUGUUAGAUGAUAUUUCAAACGGUAUAGUAUAUAAUACCUUCACUGACUAUCACAUCAGUGUCCAGCCCUCGAUUAAGCCAUUCAGGCCACUGAAUAUCGCUAGCAUCUGGAUCAGAGACUUUCAUACCGACAAGACAGUGUUCUUUCGUGUGGUUGAGCCAGUGACCAGUUCUGCCUGUUCUAAUUAAACGUUGAAGCUGGUUGAUUUUUACCCAGGCUAUCUCUUCUACCUUAGCCGUAUGUUAGCUUGCAAAUCAGGGGAAGUCAAAAUCUUACCCUUUUGAAUCUAUUGGAUGCUGUUAAAUGGAAUUGUCACGUCAAGGUAAAUCAAUCACCUACCCCCAUAUAGACAGACACUCUCUGCCCAAAUCCAUAGCUCUUCCAGUAACCCAAAGGAAUAUCAAAGUACCCUCUUCAGAUAAUGUUGACAUUGGCAUUUUUCGCAUUUCAUCGUCCGUUAGCUUGGGUAUGUAUAAGCCUCGAUAUUGAGAUAGAACGUGAAAGCACUCACAGUUCCAUACGGUAAGCUCAUGUGUAUAUCCCAAGGUGGAUCAGCGACGAUAAUCUGAAAUUUACCCAAGGUAUUGUAAUCGAAAGAUCUUAGAUCGCAGUUUAUAUAUUGAGCUGGAUAACGUUUACUACCUAAGAUUGUAUCAAGUUCCUGUCUCAAACCAUCACCGCGACACUUUUUUCGUCUCUUGGUUUGAUAGUCAGCCUGCUCGAUUGCCGAUUCGGAUGGUGAUUCGAGUUGGAAGUGUAAGUAUUUACAAGUUCUAUCCAAUCUCGGACUAUUCAGCUUUGCAGGUUGGAAAGCAUUGCUGAGUGUCGGCGGAGCAUUGUUGUAAAAUGGAUAGCAUGUGUUUAGAUAAGAGCAAUGACCGAGUGCGUGAUCACUGUAUGGUCUUAUAAUUGGUUGAAAGUGAAACCUUCUGGCAAUCUUCUGUACACUCGGUUCUGGUUGUAUUUGAGCAAAUUUUGACGUAAUCGUCUUCUGGUACAACCGAUCUCGUAUAAGAGUCGUAGAGUGUAUCCUUAUUGUUUAUAUAGCUCGUCGUCGGUAAGUCAAUACCUAAUUCAAUUAAUUUGCUCGAUACUUUAUCCAGAUCGUUGAAUGUUAAACCUAAAUCUGGGU